GGCGGACACACACUAAUACACACUGUGCUUUAUAAAACACCAGUAUGGCGCUUUUGACAUUACGUACCGACGUCCUGCUGCUGUGAGGGGGGAAACGUGCGUCGGUAUGGUUCUGGUAGUGACUGGAAGCAGCAGCUGAGUCCACCGCUGUUCUAUAUGUCACCCGAACUGAGGCUUUUCUAAGGAACAACAACAUGGCACCCAAAGACCCUCUCCUUGGCACACUCAAAGUGUGUGUGUUGAAUCUCCAGUCAAAUGGGCAGACCAUGACAGACAGUAGCCCACACCUGUCCUCCUGUUGCGAGCUGCUGGAGCUGGUCCUGAGGAAAGGGCUUCAACAACCAGUUCUCAGUCUUGUCCAGCGGGACUAUUGGCAGUGCCUGGAGCAGAUCCCGCUACAUGACACCUGCGGCAGGUUGUCUGCUGUGUCACUGGCUGUGGAGCAGACCAGAGCCUGUAAGAAGCUGCUGUCCGCUCAGGGCAGGGGGCGCUACCUUCUCAGGCUUGCACUGAGCCGCAAGAUACUGCCACAGUUUAUCAACCACCUGCUGCACACGCCCAGGAUCCUUGAGUGGUACUGUCCGACUCUUUCCAUCAUCAGGAAUGAGGAAUUCUUAGAGCCGUUCAUGUCCCUGCUCCUCGUCCUCUCACACAUGGACUUCAAGUUGGACAUGGAGAACUGCAGUUUUCUGGAUGAGAGCUGGCUUAUACCUGUAUCUGACAUAUAUGAGGUUGUUCCGUGUCGAGAGCUUGGACUAGUCUUAAGGUACCUCCACGGGCGCGUCUUUGUGCUGGAGCUGACCCCGGGCAGUCAGGCCUACGUGGACAAGUUCAUCUGUCCAGGAGACAUCAUCGACGAGAUCAACGGCACGUCACUGAGGAACUCCAAAAACGGACAGGCCGGUGUGGUGCUGUCCCGGUUGAAAGGUGUCCCUCUGUCCAUCCGUGUGGUGCGCUGGCAGCAGGAGGACGGCACAGUUUACCGGCCUCUCAUCAAACUGCUGAGGGCUCUGAGAACAGACAACCCUGGUCUACAGCUCACCCCUGCUCCUUCACAGCACAAGGAGCAGAGAGCCUCCUCCUCAUCAUCACAAUGCCUCAAAGAUGGAAGGAUUGUAUACAUUGUGCAGUACCUGGGCAAAGCUAACAUAGGCAUGUUCGGGGGUAAAGAGGUCCUGCAGCACGCUAUUCCACAGGUUUUACACAAGAACCUGCCAAGCAAGGAAGUGCUACUGGACCUGAAGGAAACACAUUUGACAUGUACAGAUAGAAACACUAAAACAGAAGAGUUUGAACAUCACUAUCCAGAGAUUUCCUGUGUAGGGAGAUACAGCAAACCAGAUUACACAACUUUUGCCUUCUGUGUGGCAGACUCCCCAGAAACUCCUCACUCCACUGGGUUCUGCUGCGUGGUGCUCAAGGCAAGCUCCAUCAAAGAGUGUGAAGAUAUAGUUUGUCGUAUAGCUACUGGCUUUAAGCACACUGAAUGGUUUGUAUAACAUUACUGUAUUUUAAAUGUUG